AUGUGUUUCUAUGGUAUGACGGUAUUUUCUGGAACUGUUCGUCUUGCAGAAAAAAUUGCUGAUCGAAGACAUUUUAUUAUGAAAUAUGAUUUUGAAAUAUCUGUACAUGAUAUUAUUGGUCGACCAAAGGUAACAAAAACAGAUUCAAUGCGUAAAAUUAUUGAUCAUAUUGAUGCAAGACAGUGGCGUACAUUAGAUUAUUUUCGAAUAUUGAACAAUCAAAAGAAAUCACAAGUACAAAAUGAAACAAUUCGUCAUAAGAUUUUAAAAUCUGAGGUAGAAUCUGGAACUGUUGCAAUAGAAACACUUCAACGAUAUCUUACCGAUCGAAUAGUUCAACCUUUUACAUAUAAAAAUUUACAUAAUGUAAUUAAACAACAACGAGUACGUGAUCGAUUACAAAAAGGUCGCCAGGAACAACAAGAAAAAGAUCUGAAAAAUCGAAAUAAAAAAAUUUUACAAACUGUUAAUGAAUAUUUUCCAGAUAUUAAUAUUAUUAGUAAACAAGAAAAACAUAGAGCAACUAUUGAACAUUUAGCGAAACCUCGAAUAUUUAAUACAAAUGAAAAAAUCUAA